AUGGAGGACUUCGGAACCAGAGCCAUUAACACGUCUCAUUACAAACCCUCGUGUUGGCUCCGAUAUGUGGAUGACAUCUUUGUCAUAUGGCCCCAUGGAUCCGAACAUCUUCAUGCAUUCCUGAACCACAUCAACUCCUCACACCCCGACCUAAAGUUCACAGUGGAAGUUGAAAAUAAUAACUCACUCCCUUUCCUGGACGUUCUCAUCACAAAGUCCAAGAACUCCUUCUCGCACACGGUCUACCGAAAACCUACCCAUACUAACCGCUACCUCAAUUCCAAGUCCCAUCAUCAUCCUGCCCAGCUGAAUUCCGUUCUGAAUUCCCUCAUACAUCGUUCUGUAAGACUCACUGACAACCACAAUAAAUCCAGGGAACUAUACGAACUCACAGCCGCCCUUCACCAAAACGACUAUCCCGUCUCCCAAAUACAAAGAUCCAUCCAACGACAGCAAACACAAACCCCACCCCACGAGUUAACCGAGGAACAGACCAACCAGGCAAAAGCUUUUCUCCCCUACAUCCAUGGAGUCACUGACAAGGUGAGCCGAAUACUGAAGAAACAAAACGUGAAGACAGUAUUCACAGCCAACAACCAAAUCUCCACUAUGUUAAGAACACCCAAGAACACGAUACGCAAUGAAGCACAGGUCAUAUACGAAAUACCAUGUUCAAACUGCCCCAGAACUUACAACGGACAGACCAAUAGAAGAAUUUCCAACACAACCUAUGAACAUGAACUAGCUGUUCGGAAAUCAGAUCCAGCAUUAUCUCUCUUCAAAACCACCACCACCACCAGGAAAUAG